CCCUGGGUUUCCAUUUCUUCAGUUAUAAACAGGAGCUGAGCCUGGGCCCAUCUUCUCAUUUCUCCAAGUUCCUAAGCAUGUUGGAAGUAGAAAAAGUCAAAAAGCCCCCCAAGAGACAUACACCCUCAGGAUCAGUGGGGCAGGAGCCCCCUGUGUGUGCUGACACCACCAUGACCAGACUCAAGAGCCCCGCUGCUACCCUGGCUUCUCCCAGCCCUGAGUUCAACACCAGGGCUACCAACACCUUUCAUGGACUUGGCUGGGGUGCCAGGGGGCGCCUGCCAGAGACUGAGGUCAAACUUGAGUUUGUAGAUGUAGACGAGAAGGCCGGCAGUGGCCACAGGAAGAUCAGACCCUCCGGCUCCCAAAAGGGGAGUGAGAGGGAUCUGUUCCUGCAAAGGAAGAAGCCCUCCCUCCUCCCCAAUAGCUUGUUGGUCCCUUCACCUGUCCAAGUUUUCCUGGAAGAGCAGGAAGAAGGUGCCCUGGGCCUAUGUGUCUGUAGUGAGAAGAGAAGAGUGUGUUCCCUGGGGAGGCUUGGUCUUCACCCAGCUGCCUCCAGUGCAAAGUGCCAGCCCAGCCCUGGGCAGAAUAAGCCAAAGGGAGACUCUAGACUCUGUGGUCUUAAGUCUGUGCUUCAGCAGAAGCCCGUUGUGCAGCCUGAGAAGAAGGUGUCCAAGCAGAAGGCACGUGGACGGAGAGAGGAGCAGGAGCCCGCAGGAAAGAAGUGGAGGGAUCCAGUGCUCAGCUCUGGCCAGGCCCCUGCUGCCCCAGCACUGGCCCAGGCGACCAGGCUGGACAGGUCAGAGGUGGGCCAGCCUAGUGUGAAUGAGGAGGCAAGGCGAGCUGACAUCCUCAUAGCCUGUCUGGCCAGAGAAGUGCGGCGCCUCAAGAAGUGGAAGAAGAGACAUUUGCUUCCUGGUGUGGGGGAGAAGUCACCCUUGCUGAGCCUCCAGAAGCCGCCCUGCUUGAAGAAGCUGGUCAGAACUAUCAAAGCAGAGACCAAGGGCUGGGCUUCUCCCAGGUGUUCCCCGGGCCCUCUGGACACCACAGGUCAGAAGCCCACGUUGGAUGUCAGACGGUUCUUUACCGUCGACUGCAAGAACAUCUGCCACAUCACCUGCACUCUGUGUCACGCCAGCAUCAGACAGGGCAGAAUUAAGGGGCAGUCCCAAACCUCAGGCCUGGUCUGUCACCUGGUGAGUAAGCAUGGGCUAGAGAGGGAGAGAAGGCCGGCUGCAGCCAGCCCCGGGGAGAAGCAGGCAGGAGUAGGGGAGAAGCAGAAGGGCCUGCCCGCAGGUGCCACCAGCCUGGCCUGUGAGGGAGUCCCGUCCCCAAGAUGCUGUCCAGAUGCCUCACCUUUGGAAGACAGUGACAGUGAUGGGCAGCCGACCCCCGGCAGGCCUGAGCAGCUGUUACUGGAUCCACCACUCUUGCCUGCUCCCACCAAAGAUGAACCUGCUGCUCCUCCCAUGGCAAUCGGGGAGGACAGGGGUGGCAUAUAUGCCCCCAACCAGCCCCGAGCACAGGCCUGGAACCACAGCAUCGCCGAGUUGCUCUGCAGCCUGGCACUGCCACUCUCCUUUGUUUCGUCCCCACCCUUCAGAAAGUUUAUGGCGCAGGUGGAUCCUUGCUACCAUCUGCCAUCUCCAGCCUUUUUCUCUGAUAAAGCCUUGCCUCUGCUCCACGAGGCGAUGGGCGAGCAGGUGUGUCAGGAGAUGCAGUGGGCUGAGGGCAGCCGCCUCCACCUCACUGUGUCCAGGGCAGCCCAGGUCUCAGUCGUGGACUAUGUAGCCAUCACUGCCCACUGGGGGGUGAUACAGCCGGGGAGCCGGCAGGUGGUGGUGGGGAAUCUGAGGAAGCGAGCCGUGCUCUGGGUCCGAGGCCUGCCCCUGGAGAGCACUCUGGAGGACCGGCAGCGGGAGCUGCGGGAGCAGGUCAGCCUGUGGCUUGGCCGUGGCUCCCUGCAGCCAGGCUUCCUGGUCUCGAGCGGCUGCCCCAGCCUGGAGCAGACAGUCAGGAUGGAGGGCUACACCCAGGUCCCUUGCUUUGCCCACUGCCUCGACUCCCUGGUGAAAAACUUUCUGUGUCACCAUCAUAGCGUCCAGAUCAUCCUGGGCACAGCCAGGGCCAUCUGCAGCCAUUUCCAAGGCUCUGCAGAGGCCCGGCGGCUCCUCACCCAGCUGCAGCGGCAGUGUGGCCUCCCGGCCCAGCAGCCCUUUUGGGAGCUCUCUGACCACUGGGUCUCCACCUACCGCUUGAUGGAGUGGCUAGUGGAGCAGCAGCAGCCACUGCAAGAGUAUGAGGAGAAACACCAGCUGGGGAAGGCCGAGACGGCCCUGUCGGCCAUGUUUUGGAGCCUGACGGUCAGUCUGGUUAAGCUCCUGCAGCCUUUCCAGGUGGUGUUCCGGGAGGCAGGCGCGGCGCAGACAUCUUUAAGCCAGGUGCUGCCCCAGCUGCGCUACCUGAAUAUUUUCCUGGAGCAGGUGCAUGGGCACUUCAAGGAGCAGAGCGGCGGGGAGAUGGGUGCAGCCGUCCGGCUGGCCGAGGGCUUGGCCCUGCAGCUCUCCACAGACUGCCAGCUCAAUGAGCUCUUCCAUCGUGAGGAGUUUGUGCUGGCGACCCUCCUGGACCCCCGCUUCAAGGGGAAGAUAGAGGCCAUCCUGCCUGUGGGGGCCGACAUUGACCACUGGAAGCAAGUUCUUGUGUACAAGGUGAAGGAGAUUAUGGUGUCUGAAUACUCCUUGCCUCCCUCCCCCUCUCUGCAGAGCCCCAGGGCUGUGCCUGUGGACGCUACCCUGAAUGGCGGAGUAGCUCAGAGCCCCGGGGCCGAGGGGAAGGGCCUGAAGGAGCCUGUGCAGAGAGGCAGCAGCUCUGGGUCUCUGCUCCUGGGCCAGAGGGAGAAGAGCUUGCUGGAGCAGCUGGAAAGCGUAGGGCUGCUGGCGUCCAAGAGGAGCGGAGCCUCGCUCGUCACUGAGAACCACCUGGCCAGCGUCAUCGUCAAGAAGUACCUGCGUGAGAACGAGACAGUUGGCACCCAGGAGGACCCACUGGCUUACUGGGAGAAGAAGCGGGAGGUCUGGCCAGCCCUGGCAAGACUGGCCACUGUCUAUCUGUCCUGCCCUGCCACGGGCGCCUUCUCUGGAAGUGUCUUUGCCUCCCUGGACAGCCCUGCCAUCGUGGAGCACAGCUCUCCUCUCUCGGUGGAGACGGUUGAGCAUCUCCUCUUCUUGAAGAGCAACCUGGAGAAUUUCCCCAACUACACCCCCCCACCCCUUAUCUUCCCUGGUGGAGACCUGGCUGAAGGGGAGCAGGCCAGUGAGUCUGACCUCAUGGUCUGAUGCCCUCAAAAUCUGCCUGUAGGAACUCUGUAGUAGAUAAAAGGAGAGAGCUCAGUGUUGCGUCCUAGGCCAUUAGACAGGGACAGCCAGAAUCUUAAACCUAUUUGGAAAGAAUGGGGAUGGUUUCUCAGUUCUUGUCAGAUUGCCAUUUGUUUUUCAGAGAGAUGUCAUUUUCCAUCCCCCCAUUGCUUAAUUUAUCUCUAGCGGUGUGUGCAUAGAAAAGGUUUCCUCGGUUCCUAAGUGACUGUGAGUUGUACUUUGUAGUUUUAUAAAUGGUAA